ACCGUAGAUAUCUGAUCAUGUUAUCGUCUUCUACCUUCCGGCUUCCUCCACCAGUUCACUGCAAUUUUCCAUUAUUUCGGAGGGAAAAUAUCAAAUAUGCUGGAAUUUUGAAGCUUUUUUCUCCAUUCAAGGAGUGGAGCUAAGCUAAUGGCGAUGGCAAUUGUGGCGUCUUUGCCGGGGAACCUAUUUUCUUCCGUUCCCUCAACGCGGCCGUCCAACGACUCAAAUGCUACUUCUUACUCCCCACCGGCGCCGCCGAUUCCCGUCCCUAGAUAUCCACCGCCGCGAGAAAAAUCCAAGCCGCCUCCUCCGAAGCCAACCAAUCCGGCGUUCAAAAUCCCUCACCACAGGACGAAGUACUACAAGCCGGUGAGAGAGGGCGUGAUUAGCUCCGAUGGGGACCGGUCCGUCGUAAUCGGGGAGAACGGCGUGUCCUAUCUGCUCCCCGACGCGCCGUUCGAGUUCCAGUACAGCUACUCCGAGACGCCCAGUGUGAAGCCCCUGGCAAUUCGGGAGCCGGCGUUCUUACCCUUUGCGCCUCCGACGAUGGCUCGGCCGUGGACUGGGAAAGCGCCGCUGAAGCCGAAGAAGAAGAAGAUCCCUCUAUUCGACUCGUUCAACCCGCCGCCGCCGGGGACGAAAGGGGUGAAAUUCGUGGAAAUGCCGGGGCCGUACCAGUUUGGGAAGUACCCGGAGGAAGGAAUGACGAGGGAGGAGAUAUUGGGGGAGCCAUUGACGAGGCACGAGAUUCAAAUGCUUGUGAAGCCGAUGCUGUCCGAUAAUCGCCAGGUUAAUCUGGGGAGGGACGGAUUAACGCAUAAUAUGUUGGAAUUGGUUCAUUCGCAUUGGAAGCGGAGGCGAGUCUGUAAAGUUAAAUGUAAAGGUGUUCCCACUGUGGAUAUGAAAAAUGUAUGCCGGCAUUUGGAGGCCAAAACCGGAGGUAAGAUCGUACAUCGAGUUGGUGGUGUUGUUUAUCUUUUCCGGGGAAGAAACUACAACUAUGCAACUCGUCCACAGUACCCAGUGAUGCUAUGGAAACCAGCUGCUCCAAUCUACCCUAAACUCAUUCAGGACGCUCCUGAAGGAUUGACGAAAGAGGAAGCAGAUGACUUACGGAAGAAAGGGAAGAAACUUCUGCCUAUAUGUAAAUUAGCCAAAAAUGGAGUGUACAUUAAUUUGGUGAGAGAUGUUAGGACGGCUUUUGAAGGAAGUCCACUUGCGAAGAUCGACUGCAAGGGAAUGCAUGCAACCGAUUACAAGAAGUUGGGUGCUAAGCUGAAGGAAUUGGUUCCGUGUGUGCUACUGUCAUUUGAUGAGGAGCAGAUAUUGAUGUGGAGGGGACAUGAGUGGAGAUCAAAGUACAAUUAUGAUUCUCCUUCAGUUCCUUCGUAUUCUGACGUUGCAAAUCACUCAACACAGGAAAAUCCUGGUCAGUCCGAGGACCGUGACACAGAAACGGUGAGAUCAAGUCCUAAAAUGAUGUCCCUGUGGAACCGUGCAAUUGAAUCAAGCAAGGCUAUUGUGCUGGAGGAGACAAAUCUUAACCCAGAUGAGCUCCUGACUAAAGUGGAAGAGUUUGAGAUCAUUUCACAGGCUACAGAACACUCCUAUCCAGCUGUAAUAUUAGCCAGUGAAGAUGGUACUUCUGUCCGUGAAAUUUCUUCUGGUGAAGAUGAAGAAUACAUUGAUAAUGAACUAGAAGAAGAAGAAGACGAGGACGACGAUGAUGAUGAUUUCUACGACAGCGAUUCAUUUGGAGAGGUUGACCUCACAGCGGCUCCAGGAUCAUUGGCCAUUGAUGAAAUAGCAAAGAGGCUGGACUGGAUGAAUGAAGAAUGAAAAAUGAAGGAUGUACAGAAACUAAAAGUUGAAGAAGCUGUGACUUGCUUGUAUAAAAGAUAUUUAAUUUAUUGUUAAUUCAUUGUCUAAAUCUCCCGAAAUACUUGCUCCUAUAGUUACUUGUGGGCUGUGGCCCAUGGGGGAGACGUGUCGAAUCCGAGCCGUAUCCGAAUCCUUCUGUCGUCCACCAACAACCACUAUCUGCUCUGCUGCAUUCUCAUUCUGAAAUCUCUUUCUACGAAUUCGACGAUGCGCCCGCAUAUCAAUCGGGUGGAGGAGUGUCAAACUUAGCUUUUCGUUCUUUCUAGAUUCCCGUCGUCUCCGUUGGCAGAACAUACCCGUAUUUCGGUAUUUGCCUUCCUGUUCGCCUCUGAAUCAUUCUUCCGAGUUCCGAAGCAAUGCAAUCAAGAAGCUGGGCUCACAUUUAUCCCUUUCUUCGUCCACUCUUCUCUGUCCCUUCACUUUCUUGACCAACAAUGAUCAUCAAUCCUCGUGCUUUCCCGUGAAACGGAAGUGCGGAUCUUUGUGUCUCCGAAGGAGUUGGUUCUGCUCCGAGCUCUCAGCUUCGCUUGCGCUGCGUUCAUCUCAGAGCUGAUCCUCGAACCAGACUACUUGGCACCCCAUCAUGAGUGCCGCUGAUACAACUCAGCCAAGUUAUUGGUUGAACUGGAGAUUCGCCAUCUGCGCAGCUUUUCUCGCAGUUGCCAUCGCUCUGGCAGGUUUUUUAAUAUGGAAGAAUGAAGGGUCCAGGGAAUCGGAGUCCGAGUCUGAAUCUGUGAGAAGAGAAAGUCGGCCACCCACAGCUGGGUCCUUGUACGCGGAUGAAGCUUGGAAGACGUGUCUCAAGACUAUUCAUCCUGGUUGGUUGCUGGGUUUUAGAAUAAUUGCUUUCAUUCUACUCUUCGGGUUACUUGCAGCAAAUACUAUCAGGGAUGGAGGUGGCAUUUUCUACUUCUAUACUCAGUGGACAUUCUCUUUGGUGACCAUCUAUUUUGUGCUUGGAUCAGCAAUGUCAAUUUAUGGAUGCUGCAAACAUUGUGAUGCCUCGGGUGGGGUUGAUGGGGAACGUAUGGAUGCUGAGAGAGGGACUUACGUGGCACCAACCCUUGGGGGAGUCGUAGACUCGUCCAACCGCAUAAAAGGUUCAGCUGUGCAUCGAGAACCUUUCCCUGAGGAAAAGCAAACUGCAAGUGCGUGGGGCUACAUCUUUCAAAUCAUCUUUCAGACUUGUGCAGGCGCUGUAGUGCUCACUGAUUGUGUAUUCUGGUUCAUCCUUUAUCCAUUUCUAAUGGCUGCAGAUUUCAGGCUUGAGUUUAUAAAUGCCUGCAUGCAUUCGGUGAAUGCAGUUUGCCUGCUUGGUGACACUGUUUUGAAUGGCAUGCGGUUCCCCAUAUUUCGAAUCGCGUAUUUCAUCAUAUGGACCAGCAUUUUCGUGGUUUUCCAGUGGAUCAUACACGCAUUUGUGUCAAUGUGGUGGCCAUAUCCAUUCCUUGACUUGUCAUCUAAAUAUGCGCCCUUGUGGUACCUGGGAGUGGGAGUGAUGCAUAUUCCUUCCUAUGGGUUCUUUGCUCUGGUAGUUAGGCUGAAAUACUUCUGGUUGGCAAGAUCGUUCCCAAAUUCAUGCCAUAUCAUUAGGUGAAAAACAUGGCAUUUCAAAUCCUGUUGUAGCAGCAUGUGGGAAGAAAUUGUCUGUGUACCGAGUAAAGGGUGGCGGAUCCUUUGAUUAAUUGUAUCAACCAAUGUUAUGAAGCAAAGCGGUUUCGGUAACUUGGCUCUCAAGUUCAUGUAAUAUAGCGUUCUUCCUUUUUGCCCCCUGUUUAUAGUGUUCUUCUUGUAUCUGUACAACAUGCUUUCAAUCCACUUAAGGCCAAGCCACUCUAACCUCCAUGGCAGAUUGCAUCCAACCAAAACCAAUAAAAAGAGCUGGUUACACAGUUCAUUUGACUCGAUGAUAAGGUCGAACGCUGUUAAUUACACAAAUCUUGAAUUGAAUGGCUGAUAACAAUGAAUGUCAGUCUAGAGCCUUCCGCUGUUCUUUCUCUUUCUCUCCCUGGUCUAUCCCCCAUAUAGGCAUAAGCUGGGGUCAGCUCAGGGUACAGGUACACAUCCUCACCGCCUCUCAAUAGUGUUCUUCAAAAAGGAAACAGCAGCACCUAUUAUGGCUUUACAUUGUCCCUGAUAAACUGUUCUACAUCUGCUAUCUUACCAGUCAAACCAGAAGCUUCUCCAAUAGAGACUUUGUUAGUGCAUUGUGAGAAUGAAAAUGCUUUCCCGGGUAUACCAAGUGUGUGGUCAUUGGCAACAUCAGCAUCUGAUACUGCACUCCUUGAUGUCCGUAGCUUGUCAAUCUCUUUUUCAAGCUGUUUACAGAUGAAAUCCUUGGUAUGCGCUGUAACCUUCUCUGUCUUGUUACAGCAAAUCAGAACAGGAACCUUCUUUUUCACCACACUUGAUUUGGUCAGAAUAUCAUACAAAUACUCUGAAUCUCCACGAAGGUUAGGUAAGAACUCCAGGGCAUCAACGACAAAGACAAUUCCUGCUGAUUCAGGCAAGAACUCAUCUAGCUUUGGCCGAAGACGAGGAUGGCCAGGAACAUCAACAAUGUGGACAGGCUUCACCUUGCGCUCCUUGCUAGCUUCAGAAUGGAGAAUGAAAGUUCCUUCAUUGGGUUCCAUUGAGGUGACAGUACCCUGGUGUGAAGAGCCAUCCCGAAGCUGAUAGAAAAGAAUCGUUUUACCGCUCCCACUGAGUCCGGUCAAGACAACGGUAUUAGAUCUUGGCCGUCUAAACAAGCGAUUACCGAGAAUGAAGAAAAGGGCAGUGAAAACCAGGACGGCAGCGGCGGAGUAGAGCUGAACUGGGGGUAUCUGACGACCGUAUUCAAUCCCUUUCUGAAUUGCCGGUAUCUGAGAGGCGUAUUCAAUCCCUUGCUGAAUUGCCGGCACCUGACGGAUGUACUCGAUCCCUUGCUCAAUAAAUUGCUCCACCUCGCUCUUCCACUGCUCAAUCCCUUCCAUUGAGAGAUGAUGACGACGACAAGAUUCCUGCAGCCCAAAGAAAAGUUUCGAAAUUUUCAGCCGACCCACAUCCCAGAUUCACUCACUGAGACUUUUCAGAUGAUUUCUCGACCUUCUUGGGAAAAUAUGGGCAGCUCGAGUUGGCUUACCGGCUAGAGAAAAGCAG